AUGUGCUUUGUAGGAGAAAGAAGCCACUUCGCAAAUAAGAUCAAGACCCUCAAUAGGUUGAAGGCUAAACUGCUGGUUGUUAUGAGGGAUCAAGGAAGUUCUACUAUAAGGAGUAUUAAGAAGAACCUAAUCGUCUAUCCAUGGCAUCAACAAACUAGGAGGUACAUGUUUCACCUUGUGAACUUGUACAAGAUUUGA